GAAACACUGUAAUAUAGUGAUUAUUUUGCCAGUGCUUUAUAUUGUUUGUUCCCCCCAUAGGAAGGAAGCCUAGAUUCUGAGAGCAACACAGAGAUAUGCACUCCUGAGAGUUCACAUGUUGAUGUUGGUGAUGACCCAGAUGUACCACCCCUGAGGAGAACUGACAGCGUAUUUCUUACCAAAGAAUACCUUGAACGGAUCUCCAAGGUGCCUGAUGGAUCAGAAGUCUCUAUGAGCUGCAUUGAAAGCAGUGGUGAUGAAUAUAUUCCGUCAAAAAAAUCAAUAUGUGGAAGCAGUUCAGAGGGAUCUGAUGAUCUAACAAGCAAGGUUACAUUGGUAAAACAGAAGACUUACAAAAAGAAGAAAUUGGCCAGAACUAUCUCCGAUAAAGAUAAGAGAGCACAAAGUGAAGACUCUGAGACAAUGGGAAAUGUGUCAGUAAUGAAGCUGCAAAAAAAAGAAGAUGGUGGCAGAGUUUACAGUAAGAAGCAUUAUUGUCUGUACUGUCCCAUGCAGUACCAUAAAAUGGCAAGACAUUUAGUCAGAAAACACAGCAAUGAAUCAGCUGUAGCAAAGGCAAUCACUUUUCCUUUGAACUCAAAAGAACGAAAAUUGCAUUUUGACCUAAUUCGAAAUAAAGGAAACCGUGCUCAUAAUAAUGAGGUCCUGAAAAUUGGUAGUGGGACAUUAAUCCCAAGUCAACAAACCGAUGAACCAGUGAAAGCAAGUGACUACAUGCACUGCAUUAACUGUGAAGCUUUGCUUAAAAGACAAUCCUUGUGGAGACACAUGUCCAGGUGCAGGCUUUCACGAAAAUGUAGCACAACAAAACCAGGCAUAAGUCGGAUCCAAUCAAUCUGUGCCUUUGCACAGCCCGUCCCAGAUGGUGUUAGCAAAAAUGUUUGGGAGCUGAUAAAUGCAAUGCACCAGGAUGAAGUCACAAACGUCAUCAGACAGGAGAAAAGCAUUAUGAGAUUUGGAGAACAUUUGUAUGCAAAGCAUGGACAUGACAAGACCAAACAUGAGUACAUUAGACAAAAAAUGCGAGAAGUAGGAAGACUUAUUCUGCAGGCACAGAAAGAUGGCAGACUGAAAAAAAAGGAGGACUUCUAUGUACCUUCCAACUUCAACUUUGUGGUUGAAGCAGUGAAGGAGGUGGCUGGCUUUAAUGAAGAAAGAAACGGCUACAAAACUCCAUCCUUGGCCUUAAAACUGGGUCAUAGUCUCAAGAAGAUUGCGGAUAUUCAGUGUGAAGCACAGAUGGCAGAAUCUGACAAUGAGGAAUUUCUUAGGAAUCUGGAGAGGAGCCGGAGUAUUUAUGAGAAAAAGUGGGAUGUGUGUGUGUCAUCACUUGCCCUUCAAACUCUUAAAGAGGGGAGAUGGAACACUCCCCAGCUCCUCCCUUUCACCGAGGAUGUAAAGAACAUGCACGUGCAUCUGGAUAAGUGUAGACCAGAAUACUAAAACAGCCUUAAGAAAGAUCCAAAUAAGAAGAACUGGUCCAAGCUUGCUAGUUUGACUCUUUGUGAAGUGAUACUUUUUAAUCGCCGAAGAGAAGGUGAGGUGUCAAAGAUGCCACUUAAUGCAUUCACCCUAAGAGACACUUCCGGAGUUCAUUCAGAUUUGUCACUAGGACUGUCAGAGUUGGAGCAAAAGCUUUGCCAGCAUUUUCAGCGCAUUGAAAUAAGAGGAAAACGAAACAGGAAAGUUCCCAUCCUUCUAACACCAGACAUGCUCUCCUCAAUGGAGGCCUUGGUUGUACAUCGGCGGGCUUGUGGAGUGCCUGAUGAAAAUCCCUUUUUCUUCUCCAGACCUGAAGCUGUUACUCACUUGAGGGGAUCAGAUGCAAUCAGACAGAUUGCAAGGGAAUGUGGAGCCAAGCAUCCUGAAACUCUGUCAUCAACCAAGUUGAGAAAGCACAUUUCCACACUGUCCACUGUGCUUAACCUGAAAGAUAAUGAGAUGGACAUACUUGCAAAUUUUCUUGGCCAUGACAUCCGGGUCCAUAGGCAGUACUAUAGACUACCUGAAGGAACAAUGCAGCUGGCUAAAGUCAGCAAAGUGCUGAUUGCCCUAGAACAGGGCCGACUGUCAGACUUCAAGGGAAUGAGCCUGGACCAAAUCCAAAUCGAUCCUGAAGAGGAAGUGCCAGAGGCUAUGGAAAGCGAUCUCUCUGAGACAGAGGCACAAGAGUCAUCUUUCAGCUCUAGGUCAUCAGGCUCUUCAAGAUCUAAAAAAAGACAGCCAAUGACUGAGUCUGAGGAGGACAUUGCACCCAUAGGAUCUUCAACACCUAAGAGAAGAAUGCAAGCUGUUGAAUCUGACAGUGAUGAUGACCCUAAAACCGGACCAGUACCCUCAACAUCAAAGAGAAAGGAAACUGAGACUGAUAGUGGUGACCCUAAAACAGGACCCUCGACAUCAAAAAGAAGAAAGGAAACUGAGUCUGACAGUGGGGAUCUUAAAAAAGAAACCUCAAAGAAGAGGAGUUGGUCGAUGGCAGAGGUCCACGCUGUGGAAAAGACACUAAUGGCCUUCAUAGAAUCUGGUAAAGUACCAGGGAAGUCGGAGUGUGUUGCCUGCAUUAAGGCUUCACCAGAAGCACUUACAAAAAGAACAUGGACAGCAGUAAAGUUUUAUGUUAAAAAUCGUAUCACUGCCAUUCAGUGCGAAAGUGCAAGAAGACGUUAAAGACAUUUGGCUGUGCUGUACACUUGGGUAAUUCAGUCUCUCACUCAUACACAUAGGUUGGAUAACCGCAUUAAGACACUACUGCAAGUAAAAAAUUUAAUUAUCUACCCAGUCAUCUAGCUCCAAAAGGAAAAUGAGUGCUAACAUUUUCAGACUUCUGUUUUCAUAGAAUCCAAAUGUGUUUUGCUGAGCCUUUUCCAACUGUAAGUAAUAGGAGAAACUGUUCUCACACAUGCUCGUUGCGAAUUAAGACCUGACCCCAUCUAACCGGUCUCCUCGGUUGAAAAUUUGUAGAGAAAGGUUUACGUCUUUUCCCUGUUAAAUUGUAACACUAAAAUGGAAUAUAAACCUGUUAAGUUGCGGGUCUUGAUUUUGAAGGCGAAGCAAGUUUGUUUUGGUUUUCAGGGGUAGACGUUUCCGUUAAAAAACAAAUUACUUUUUCUUUUUUCUGAUAGUUGUACUUCCUACAACUAUUAACAACUCAAAUGUGGUGUGAAGAGGUUGUGAUACAGGGUAAUGACAUUAAAUCCUCAAAGGAUUCAUUUUAACUGGUAAUAUGCUUAACUAAUUGGAAUAUAUGUCAUGCCGUCUGUGAAACAAAAUAUUUGUGUCACCAAAUUACUUAUCUGCUAUCUUAGUUAAUACAUGCUACCAGUUUGAAAAAAAGUGGGCUGCUGAAUGGUAUUGGUAGUUUAGGAAUGAUAAAAAGUGACUAUGCAUUAUAAGGUUUUAUUUUACAUGUUUUUGUUUUAUGUAAUUGUAAUAAUUAUAAAUGAUUACCAGGCCAUGUUGGGGGCCUCAAAAUAAAGAAGCAGUGGGGGUGUUGCUGCUGUGGGUAAUCAUCUACUUUAAAUAUUUAAAGAAGCUAGAAGUCAGAAGUUCUACUACUCUGAUACAACAGUGGUGUAUGCUGCUGUAUAACUACUUCCAUAUACUUUCACCACAGAUGUUCAGAACAAUUGGAGAGGUGGAGUCAGGAAAAUAACUAGAGUUAUGCACUUUAUCUUGCGUGUUGGUAUGCAACGCUCUUUGCAUUUGUUGUAACUGAUCAUGUUUUGAUCAUACAUUUAUCUUUGGCAUCCAGCAAACUGUUUUA